AUGAAUACGUCCACAUCGCCAUUUCAUAGACUACACGAGCACUAUGUCCACCUGGCUGAUCCCCGCACGCGUACGUGGUUUUUCAUGGGCAGCCCCCUGCCAAUUGUGGCUGUCAUCAGCCUCUACCUGAUUUUCGCUACUCGCAUUGGACCAUGGGCCAUGAGAGACCGUAAGCCUUUCAAUAUGCGUAGUUUAGUUGUAUUUUACAACGUCGUCAUGAUGGGACUCAGCGUUUACUUCAUCUACUUCUCCAUCCUGUACACCUGGAUGCGAAGGCCCAACCAGAGCGUCUUUUGCUGGGCCACAGACCCACGACCAACGGAGGACAACAUGUUUUUCCUAACUCGUGCGUGGUACUACAUGCUCAUGAAAGCCGCCGAGAUGCUCGAUACGCUCUUCUUCGUUCUGCGAAAGAAGACGAACCACGUGAGCUUCCUGCACCUGCUGCAUCACUCCCUCGCCCUGUGGUCUGUGUGGUUGGUGAUGACGCUCGGCAUGACGGGUCAUGUAUUCGCGUUCCCGCUACUCAACUCUGCCGUGCACGUUGUGAUGUACGGGUACUACGCCCUCGCCGCUCUCGGACCGGCGCUCCGGCUGAAUCUCUGGUGGAAGAAGUACGUCACGUUGUUCCAGAUUGUGCAGUUCGUGAUUUUAUCGUUUCACGCGCUGGUAGCAGUGGUCCUGGACUGCGGUAUAUCAAGAAUACUAGCCUUGGUUGGCGCGCUAGAAGGAGUACUUUUUGCGACACUCUUUUCCGACUUUUAUGUGAAUGCCUACGUGAAACCGAGGAAAAGUAGCCUGCAGUAA